AUGUCCCGAAUACGGCCAAAAGCGCGCGAGGGUGAAUGCACCUGCAAGACAAACUUCAUGAUGCCCCGUGAGAGGACCGCCGCCGCCCGAAAGCCUUCGAAAGGACAUGAGCUCUCAUAUGAAGCUUGCCACAAGGUCCUCAAUUGCGCCGAGUUGCUCGAAAUGAUCUUGCUCCACGUUUACGAGCCACGAGUCGCUUUCUCCGACACGUGGUUUGUGAGCGCGAACGGUAACGAAAAGUGCCCAUAUUUCGAGCAGCGGUGUUCGGAGCUCAAUGAGUCACGUAUCAACAUGAAGACGCUCCUUCUCAGCCAGAAUGUCAACCGCAUGUUCAAGGGAACGAUCGAAGGGUCUAUCAAACUUCAGAAUGCCCUGUGGUUUGUGGAGCUUUUCGACACCACUACUCCUAGCACUGGCAAGGCAACCGGUGCACUCAAUUUCGUGAGAGCUAAUCCGCUGCUGAUCGGCUGGGACCGAGGCGCUCUUCAGGUUGAGGGGCUCGGGCCCGUGGUAGGUGGGUCAUGCGAUAUGGGUGUAAAGCUGGUCAAGACGUACCCCUGGAAUUUCGACCUUGAUUCAAGAACUUCGGAGUCGGAGACGGACUCGUCAGAAGCGCCUAGGCCAGAGUUCGAGGAUUCGGAAACGGAAGACGCUGAUGCUGAGUAUGGAAGUUGGUAUCGCAUGCUGGUCGCCCAAUCAACUGAGCCUACGGCAUAUGUCGUUAGAACCGCAGGUUUGUUUCAUGGUGCCAAUUAUCUGGACUAUGACGAGCCAAUGACAGCCCAACAGCUGCGAAAGGACGCUAUCGUAGAAGAUUCGCUCGGGGCCAUGAUCCCUCAAUGGUACGCUGGAGGGGACGAGGAGGACGAGGCCGGUGAAGACAUGGGCGAGUGA